GUGUUGUGUAAGUAUGUAGUAUAUGACACACACGACCACUCCCUUUCUUACAAAUUCUAACACUUAAACCCCUUUCUCCACCAAUCCCCUCACACUCUCAGUCUGACACCACCACCACCACCACCACCACCAUGCCUGCCGCCGCCAAACCCACCAAGCCCUGCAAAAAGACAAACCUCUACACCCUCCUCGCCCUCCUCUGCACCCUCUCCUACCUCCUCGGCGCAUACCAACAACCCACCACCACCACCAAAACCACACCCACACCAUGCCCUCACAACCCCACGCUCACCACCCACCUAGACUUCUCCUCUCACCACAACGCCACCGCCGCCAACCUCCCUCCCUCCGCCGCCAGCCCCCGCUUCCCCCCCUGCCGCGCCUCGCUCACCGAGUACACGCCCUGCGAGGACCACGCGCGCUCCCUGCGCUACUCGCGCCACAGAAUGGUGUACCGCGAGCGCCACUGCCCGGGGACGGCGGAGGCCCUGAAGUGCCGCGUCCCCGCGCCCCACGGCUACCGCAACCCCUUCCCGUGGCCGGCCAGCAGGGACGUCGCCUGGUACGCCAACGUCCCCCACCGCCAGCUCACCGUCGAGAAGGCCGUCCAGAACUGGAUCCGCUACGACGGCGACCGCUUCCACUUCCCCGGCGGCGGAACCAUGUUCCCCGACGGCGCCGAUAACUACAUCGACGACAUUGCUCGCUUGGUUAACCUCCGAGACGGUUCCGUCCGUACCGCGGUGGAUACUGGCUGUGGGGUUGCUAGUUGGGGUGCGUAUCUUCUGUCACGUGAGAUCAUAACAAUGUCAAUUGCACCAAGGGACACCCACGAAGCACAAGUUCAGUUUGCUCUUGAAAGAGGGGUUCCUGCAAUUAUUGGGGUCCUAGCCUCUAAGAGGUUGCCUUUCCCUUCAAGAGCUUUUGACAUGGCACACUGUUCUCGCUGCCUCAUUCCAUGGGCUGAAUAUGAUGGGCUUUAUUUAAAUGAAAUUGAUCGAAUUCUACGGCCUGGUGGGUAUUGGAUUCUAUCUGGGCCACCAAUCCGGUGGAGAAAACAUUGGAAAGGAUGGGAAAGAACACAGGAGGAUUUGAAUGCAGAGCAGACCAAAAUUGAGAAUGUAGCUAAAAGCCUGUGCUGGAACAAGCUAGUGGAGAAAGAUGACAUAGCCAUUUGGCAGAAAGCAAAAAACCAUUUGGAUUGCAAAGCCAAAUCUAAGCUCACUCAAAACAGACCUUUCUGCAAGCCACAGAGUAACCCUGACAAAGCCUGGUACACAGAUAUGCAAACAUGUUUGAGUCCUCUGCCUGAAGUGUCCAACAAAGAAGAAACUGCAGGUGGGGCAUUGAAAAAAUGGCCUGCCAGACUAAAAGCAACACCACCAAGGAUUUCUAAGGGGACCAUAAAGGGGGUCACUUCCGAAACUUUCUCAACAGAUAAUGAGCUGUGGAAGAAAAGGAUAUCAUAUUACAAGAAGGUUAAUAAUCAACUAGGAAAAGCUGGGAGAUACCGCAACCUUUUGGACAUGAAUGCUUACUUGGGUGGAUUUGCUGCUGCACUAAUAGAUUCUCCUGUUUGGGUCAUGAAUGUGGUUCCUGUGCAGGCCAAGGUUGACACACUUGGUGCAAUAUAUGAAAGGGGGUUGAUUGGAACAUACCAUAAUUGGUGUGAAGCAAUGUCUACUUAUCCUAGAACAUAUGACUUAAUUCAUGGUGAUUCAGUUUUCAGCCUCUACAAUGACAGAUGUGAAUUGGAAGACAUUUUGUUAGAAAUGGAUAGGAUUCUUAGACCUGAAGGAAGUGUGAUCAUACGAGAUGAUGUUGAUAUAUUGGUGAAGGUUAAGAGUAUAGUCAAUGGCAUGGAUUGGGAGAGUCAAAUCGUGGAUCAUGAAGAUGGGCCUCUUGAAAGAGAGAAACUUUUAUUUGCUGUGAAGAAUUAU